AUGGUGAAGGAAUUGAAAUUAAUAAAUGAUGAUAAAGUCUUUAUGAAAUGGAAUGUUCCCGCUUCUUUGUUGGAAAGACAAACUAGGAUAUCAUUGAAUAAAGAGUGCGAUAGAAAUACAGUGAAAACAGAUGAUAAUUUACAAGCUAAUUCUACAGUUGUUGUAGCUGAUUCAAUGGUACAAAAGAAAAAAAAUCUAGUGAAAUGUAUGGAAACAUUGGAUGAUUCUUCGAUGACACUAGAAGAACAUACUAUAAAAAAGAAGUCUGAUUCGAAGGAGAACCUAACUCAGAAAAACACAACUUCUACAUCCAGUAAUGAUUUCGCAUCAAAAGAUCCAAUAUCCACUAUUAUGUCACCAAAGGCUGAACGAUAUGUUCGUAGAUGGUUAACAGAUGCUUCACCAUUAGAGCGCACAACUGCAUUGGAAUUGAUAGACAAGCUCUACCGUGAGACAAACGAACAAGAUCAACUAACUGAUACUCAAUUUCAAAUCGUUAUGAAACGAGUUAAGAACAUUAGCCGGGAUCAAAACAAAACACCACACCCCGUGUUUUCUCGAAGUGAUGGUUCAACGCAUCUCAAGUAUUUAGAUCUACUGACUAAGCAAGAAAGAAGGGACCACUGGAUGUAUUGCAGUUGGCAUCACUUACCUCCUUACAGAAUAUCAAGUACGGCUAAAUACGACUACCCUGGGUCAUAUUAUUUACAUUUAUUGGAAAGACAACCAAAAGAAUAUGUUAUUCAUCCUGACUUAGGUUAA